AUUAUUGUAAAUUUUGACAUUAAAAUACCUAAAUCUCAACAUUAUAUUUAGGUCCGUCUGAUUAUGUAGUUCUUAAAUAUUAAAUGAUUGGUAAUUUCAUCACUGAGUAAUUGGGUAGACUAUUUACCAAACAAAGUUUUACUCGAGUAAUUUCUUUAAUGGCUACUUUUUACUUUUACUUUAGUAAACAAACAGUUUACCCUUUUGCAUCUAUGAUUCUUUGCCUCUCCACUCUUCCUCCAGACUAUUCAACCUUGAUUUUCUAAUAAAAUGCGAUGUUUACUUUAAUCUGAAAUAAAGUGUAACCCUGGACAACCACCCUUCGCCCAGGUAAAACAUUUCUGGUGCUGCUCAGGUUCAGGAGUGACUUUUUCUUUUCUUGUGCAACUUUCUCUACCACACUUUUUUCUCCAGCUCAAUUUUCCUUUAAUAAGCUGAAGUAUAUACGGCACCUUACCUUUUUGCGGUUUCCCUGUGGACUUCUCUGUUUAAAGUAAACAUGUUCUUGCUCUUACGUAUUUUAAUUAUGCAAGAAACUCUAUUUUGGCUUUUUAUUAUCUGUAAGGUAAUUAAUUGAAUCAACACUUCAAAUGUAUAAUUCWGUAUAAUGAUUUAAAUAUAUCAACUUUUWAAAAAAUAUGUUUCGAAUAUAUUCUAAUUUCUAAUAUUUUCUGUAAUGUGGAGCGCGUGCAGCACGUCGCAGGUAAAGCACAGGUAAAUUACGUCAACCAGGAAGUGGACAGAGGGACGUCCGUGUGGGACGGAGCGGCUAAAGAAGCUUUUGUUUGAGCCUUUUCUGUGGGGGAAAAAAAAAAAAAACAGUAAAGAGUAACAGAAAGACUCGAGCCUGCGGCAGAGAAAUGUGCAGCUUUGAUAAGGACACAGGGCCGGGGCGGCUGAUGAAAAAGGGGCUCGUUCUCAUCCUGGUCGGCCAUAUCAACUUCAUCCUGGGWGCCAUCGUCCAUGGCAGCGUCCUGCGCCACAUUUCCAAACCCAGCCAGCACAUUAGUACUCAGUACACUGUAGCCAACAUCAUUUCUGUCACMUCUGGCCUGCUGAGCAUUGCCUCUGGGAUUAUUGCCAUUGUGGUUUCAAGGAACCUUCACAAGUUUAAGCUGAUAAUAGGGCUUAUGGUGGCGUCCUUCCUGAACGCCCUGCUAUCAGCCGCCUGCAGCGCUGGGCUCCUCGUAGCCAUUGGCGUCACCAUCGCCUAUAACGGAAGCGGUCUGAUGAUGGGAUGCAACGACACAGUGGUGCCCAUCAACGCCCGCUCGCCUGUCAGCGCUCAGUGCCCGUUUGAUACAACACGAAUCUAUGACACCACGCUGGCCUUGUGGAUCCCCUGUGCCAUGCUGUCGGCAGCGGAAGCCUUCCUGUCGGUGUGGUGCUUCAUGGUCGGACUGGCUCUCAGAGGGAUCGCACCGUGUGGGAAGAGCUACAUCAAAGAGCAGUUGGAGGAAGAGGCUGAAAACUCUCCACAAACUCGUCGCCUUAUGGGAAAACAUUUGAAAGCUGAAGCAUAAAACGCUUCAUAAGUCUGUAGAAGUCUGUCCAUUUCAAACUGAGGAACUUAAAGGUUAAAGGUUAUGAAGGUUAAUAUGUGCUUGGAUGUGUGUGCGUAAAUGUGACAAUGUCUUAAAAUGGCCGUCCUAAUAUUUAGGUUUAUUAGAACCUAAUAUGAAACCAAUGCUUAUGAAGACAGUUUUUUAGUUUGAUUUUKAUUUCUUAAAAGUAAUUAUUUAACAGUUUGUUUACCUUUUUUUAACCACUCCAUGAAAUCUAACAUGCCUUAAAAUUUUUUAAAUAUUUUUUUUUCUACAUUCAGCUUUGACUUCCAUUCGAUUUAAUGCCAUAAAAUAGUAAACUGCACUUUUUUUUUCUUUUUUUUUUUACUAUUGGCAUUAAACAGGAAGGUAAAUGAAACAUGCAGCAUUUGUUAAUUAAAAUAAAACUGAUAAUUACCAGUUUUAUAUAUAUAUAUCAUACUGUAAUUGCAUUGUUUCAAAAAUUGUAUUUCAAGGUAUGUUGGACAUUUUUAACUCCAUUUGUUUCAUUUUCUACAUCAUUUGCCAUUAUCUAUCAACUUGGUUCAAUCAUUAUUUUUUUAUAAUAUAWAAACUAAAAGGAAACAUUCAAAUAUGCUGGAAA